UUUCUUUUGACCCAUUGCUACAGAUUUAAAUAACUAUAAAAUAAUUAUAAGAUUCUUAGUUUAAUUAAUUCUAUGUGUAAAUUUAUUGGUUUCAUUAAAUCCAGGUCAGAAUUUUUAUUAAUAAUUUUCCCAAACUGUUAUAUUAAUAAUUCUUAAUAUUUAUUGAUAUUUAUUUGUGGAUUUAUUUAUUUAAAUUCUUUUAAUUUUGCCUUGUACUGGGGCUUUUUCAGCCAAAUGAGAUUCCGCCCUAAAAAAUUACAUUUACUUUAUUUGUACUAAUGAACAAGAAUAAAAGUUUUUUAAUUAAACCUGAGGCCAAUUCUCCUCCAAUUGAUACCUCCAAUUGGCCCCUUUUACUGAAGAACUAUGAUAAGCUGAACGUGAGAACGGGACAUUAUACUCCGAUGCCGCAUGGCUCCUCUCCGCUAUGCAGGGAUAUGAAAAAUUAUAUGAAAUAUGGCUACAUUAACCUUGAUAAGCCAGCAAACCCCUCAUCUCACGAGGUGGUGGCAUGGAUUAAGAGAAUCCUUAGAUGCGAGAAGACUGGCCAUAGCGGAACUCUAGACCCUAAAGUCACUGGAGUUUUGCUCGUCUGCCUUAAUAGAUCUACAAGACUUGUUAAAUCUCAACAAACUCAUGGGAAGGAAUACGUAGCCGUUGUAAAGUUCCAUUCCUCACCAGAAUCUAAAGCAAAAGUUGAAAAGGUAUUGGCUGAAUUAACUGGCGCCUUGUUUCAGCGUCCUCCGUUGAUUUCAGCAGUUAAAAGGCAACUGAGAGUGAGAACAAUAUACGCUUCAAAGCUUCUGGACUAUAACGAGCAGGAGGAUCUGGCACUUUUUUGGGUCAAAUGUGAAGCAGGAACCUACGUCAGAACUCUUUGCAUCCACAUGGGCCUUUUGCUGGGAACAGGAGCGCAUAUGCAAGAACUUAGGAGGAUUAAGUCGGGAAAUAUUUCUGAAUAUGAUAACAUGGUCACAAUGCAUGAUGUGCUCGACUCACAGUACCUUUACGACACGACAGGAGAUGAGUCUUACCUGCGCUACGUUGUAACUCCACUGGAGCAACUGUUAACGGGCCAUAAGAGAGUAGUCGUAAAGGACUCAUGCGUAAACGCAAUUUGCUACGGUGCAAAGUUGAUGAUUCCAGGAGUUUUGAGGUUUGAAACGAACAUAGAACUUCACGACGAGAUAGUCAUGAUCACCACAAAGGGCGAGGCCAUAGCUCUGGGAAUAGCUCAAAUGACCAGUGCAGUUAUAGCCACAGUUGACCAUGGAAUUGUAGCAGUGAUUAAAAGGGUUAUCAUGGAUAGAGAUACCUAUCCACUUCGUUGGGGUUACGGUAACAGAAGCGCAGAGAAGAAAAGAUUAAUAAGUCUGGGGUUACUGGAUAAGGAUGGCAAGGUGAACGAAAACACUCCACAAAGCUGGACUAACAACGAAGGGUACCUGCCCAAGUUAACGGGAACUCCAACUAAUAACCACGAAAACGAAACUGAAAUGAACGAUGUAGAUGUGGAGCCAAAGGUUAAAAAGGUUAAAGUCUAAAAUUGCUAUUUUAUCAUGUACUUUAUUUGUACUUUUAAAAGUUAAUUCCUAAUGUAGUUUAAUUUUCA